AACCAUUAUUUUGUAGUUUAAAUUUUCAUCUUGGACGGUGCUAUAUACAUUAUUCAAAUGCAUAUCUUGUGUUCACAAAUCAUUAAGUGUUAAUGGUGCAACUAAUUUCUCCUCAAAAGUAUCAAAUUCUUUUGUUUGUCACUACAGAAGCAGUGAGCACUAGCAUCGAUACUAUUAAUGGAGAAGUCAUCGUCUGCUCAAGAGAUCGAUUAUCUCUCGUCUGUUCUCACAACUACACGAGUGCGGGUGUAACUCGCUGGGAGGUCACUGGAACCCCACAAUGUCUUGUCUCACAUGAUCCCCCAAGUAGUACCACAGAGGCAUGUGGUGAUUUCUUCAUCACUAACGUCAGUGAUAAGAAUGGUCCCACCCUAAACUCCACAGCUGAGAUUAUUCCCAAUGCUAGUCUGGAUGGUGUGAUGGUGGAAUGCAGAGCAGGUUCUUCCUCCACAUCGAAACUUAUUGGAAAUGUCACCAUUAGAAUUCUAAGUGUUCCUACUCCGACUAUUGACUCCAUAAAACAACUAUCCCAGUCAUCGGUCAAAUUAACCCUGUCUGUACCCGAUGAUCACUGUGUUGGUAGCUACCGAGUGGAUACCAUAGCAGAUGGGUGGUCAAAUUCUACUAACUCGAAUGUUUUGCCGAUAGUGUAUGUGAGUGGCUUGAACGUCUGUCGUUUCAACUAUACCUUCGUCGCAUCCAUCACUACGCCUGAUCUGGUUCAGGGCGCAGAGAGUGCUCCAAUGAGCUUUGAUGCUGAUUUGUCAGUGCUUGAGGGCCCCAUUUUUACUUCAAUCUUCUCCUUGGUGAAUGGCACAGUGUUUCUUCGCACCACACUAGAGAAUGUUUCCGAGCCUUUUGUUCCAACUCGUACCUAUCGACAUACCAAAUAUAACGGAAAGAUCUCUCCUGUGAAGAGUGUAACUGGAAAGUACUUUGACGUUGAGGUUGAGCUACCUGGAGGAGAUGUUAUUGAUGUCUUUAUAACCUUUCAAGACAAUCAAUGCAGGGAAACUACAGAAGCCACCUUUAUUGUGCCAUACCUGUACAUUUCUGGAGUGGAAGAGGAUGAACCAAUGGAAACCAGUCACACUGUCACAAUCACUCUUCCCCUCACCUCUUACCAACCCGAGCAGCUGCAAAUCAUCUCAACUGUUGACCCUGCUGACUCAGCAACGAUAAUGGCCGACUACACUGGCUACUCUGAGCAGUACAGCGUGACUUUCAAUGGCUUGAACCCUGACACACAGUACCACUUUACUAUCAGAAUUGUCCUCAAUGCAGACAAAGCUGUAGAUGUCGUUCUAGCUGUGUCUAGAAAUUUUACAACUGCUGUUUCCACUCUACCUAAUACCGAGGAGCCCGUCAUUCCAGUGGCUGAGGGCGGCUGUAAUGAUCGGUGUGUUGUCGGCAUUGUUGCGGGGGUGAUAAUUGCCAUACCAGUGCUGAUUGUAGUGAUAGUUGUGGUGGUAGUGAUACUCGUUCUGAAAUAUCAAAAUGUCGAGAAAAAGUAUUCUGUUCAAAUGGAAGAGCAACGUUAUGGUAGAGAGGAAAUUAAAAAACUACCACCGGUAACUGAAGCAGUUCGUACUACUGAGAACAAAGAAGAACCUCCGGAAGUCAAUAUUGAGGUGCUCUAGCGUCGUGCAGCCUGGACCCAGUAUAGUUAUGAAAUUACUCUCAAGCUGGUAGCUGCAUACAUACAUGUAUAUACAAAUAACUCUACAAUUUUUACCGUUCCAGAAGCAG